UUAUAUUUUAAUUUUUUUAUAAUUUUCACCCUGGCAGCUUUCCUGACAACUGACAAUGUCAGAUUUUGUCUAACAAAAAAAAAAAAAAUACUGAAAAAUAGAUUUGCUCAAGAUAUAAAUAACAAUAUACUAAUCCAAGUUCAUAGUUUAUUUACCACGUCAGUCGUUUGAAGCAGUUCAAAGAGAUGAUACAAAUUCUACAUAUGUCAUUACAUUUAAACAAUGGAGAUCCCAUAUAAGAAGAUAUUUAUUUAUAUUCUGACUUUUGCGGCUUACGCUUAUACUGGCAUAGGAUCGAGUAUGUUACGAAAUUUAAAAGAUGCAGUUUUAUCUGCCGAAACAGUGUUUGGUGAUGUAUUUAAAAAUGUUAUAACUGUUGCUGAAAAGUUUAAGUCUUUACAUGAGGUCUUUGAUGCUGCUGUUGAAGAAGACUGCAUAUUCACUUGUCCCGAAGGACAAAAACCUGUACGGAAUAGAAAUCAUAUUCCGAAAUCUGAUGGCUGUGGCUCCCUUGGUUUUGAAAUCUCGUCAGAGUAUUUACCAUUGGAAGAGAUGACGAAAUGUUGUGAUGCUCACGAUAUAUGCUAUGACACUUGUAACAGUGGGAAAGAAGUUUGUGAUUUAGAGUUUAAGAGAUGUUUGUAUAAUUACUGUGAUACUUAUAAGGACAUCAAUGUAGCAGGGAACACGAUUACGAAAGGUUGUAAAGGUGCAGCUAAGCUUCUUUUUACCGGUACAUUAACCCUUGGAUGCAAAUCAUAUUUAGAUGCACAAAAGAAUGCAUGCUAUUGUCCACCAGCUAAAAAUAAAUAUAAGAAAUAUACAACUGGUAAAGAUGAAUUUUAAAGUUAAAACUAAAAUAUUAAACUUUUUUGUUG